GCGCGCGGCGGGGCAGCCCCGCGGAGGGGACCUCGGGGUCCUCGCGGCGCCGGCUGGGGGCGGCCAUGUUGGGCCCGGUGGCGGCGGGGGGCCGCGGGCUGGCGGCGGGAGGGGCCCUGAGCCGGGCCCUGAGCCUCAGCCAUGGCCGGGGCACGGUGGUGGUGGAGCGCUGGUGGCCGGUGCCGCUGAGCCGGGAGGGGCGGGCGCCGCGCCUGCACCCCCGGCGGCACCGCGUGUACCGGCUGCUGGAGGACGGCAAGCACCUGCCCAAGGCCGACAUGGAGCUCAUCCUCACGCGGGCCGUGCAGGGCCUGGGGACCCGCGGUGACACCGUGCUCGUGAAGAAGUCCUUGGGCCGCAACAAGCUCCUGCCGCAGGGACUGGCCGUGUACGCCUCGCCCGAGAACAAGAAGCUGUUCGAGGAGGAGAAGCAGCAGCGCCAGGAGGGGAAGCUGGAGGUGAUGCAGACGCAGAGCGGUGAGAAGGUGAGCGGGGGGGGGGGGGCGGGGGGGGGGCACGGGGGAUCCCCGAGCCCCGGAACACCGAGCCCCGGUCCCGGCCGGUGCCUCCGGUGCCCGCAGCCGUGA